GCGUCGGGAGCCGCGAGGCAGUCGGCGGCGGGUGAGGUGGGUGCAGGGAGGCGAGCGCUGGAGGCGGCGGGGGGCUGGAACACGUUGCCCAUCCUGGUGCUGACCUCCAAGGAGCGGGUGAGCCGCAGGGCCGCGGGGCCGAGGAUGGGGGCCGGGGCCAGCGCCGAGGAGAAGCAUUCCCGUGAGCUGGAGAAGAAGCUGAAGGAAGACGCCGAAAAGGACGCCAGGACUGUCAAGCUGCUGCUACUGGGAGCAGGAGAGUCAGGGAAGAGCACCAUCGUCAAGCAGAUGAAGAUCAUCCACCAGGAUGGUUACUCGCUGGAGGAAUGCCUGGAGUUCAUCGCCAUCAUCUACAGCAACACCCUCCAGUCCAUGCUGGCCAUUGUGCGGGCCAUGAACACCCUCAACAUCCAGUACGGUGACUCGGCUCGCCAGGACGAUGCCCGCAAGCUGCUGCACCUCUCGGACACCAUUGAGGAAGGCACCAUGCCCAAGGAGAUGUCGGACAUCAUUGGGCGGCUCUGGAAGGACACGGGCAUCCAAGCCUGCUUCGACCGUGCCUCCGAGUACCAGCUCAAUGACUCGGCUGGCUAUUACCUGUCAGACCUGGAGCGCCUGGUGACCCCUGGCUACGUCCCCACAGAGCAGGACGUGCUGCGCUCCCGCGUUAAGACUACUGGUAUCAUCGAGACCCAGUUCUCCUUCAAAGACCUCAACUUCAGGAUGUUCGAUGUGGGUGGCCAGCGCUCAGAGAGGAAGAAGUGGAUCCACUGCUUUGAGGGAGUGACCUGCAUCAUCUUCAUAGCGGCCCUCAGUGCCUAUGACAUGGUCCUGGUGGAGGAUGAUGAAGUGAACCGCAUGCACGAGAGCCUGCACCUCUUCAACAGCAUCUGCAACCACCGCUACUUCGCCACCACCUCCAUCGUCCUCUUUCUCAACAAGAAGGACGUCUUCCUGGAGAAGAUUAAGAAGGCCCAUCUCAGCAUCUGCUUCCCUGAUUAUGAUGGUCCCAACACCUACGACGAUGCUGGCAACUACAUCAAGCUGCAGUUUCUGGAGCUGAACAUGCGGCGGGACGUGAAAGAGAUCUACUCCCACAUGACCUGCGCCACUGAUACUGAGAACGUCAAGUUCGUCUUCGACGCCGUCACUGACAUCAUCAUCAAGGAGAACCUCAAGGACUGUGGGCUCUUCUGAGCCCCAGCCCCAGCGUUCCCUCCCCAGCCUGGGCCUUCUCCUCCUCUGGGGCCCAGCUCCACCACUGCCCCCAUCUCUAUGUAGCCAUCUCCACUUGCCCUGAACCCCAGGAUUUGAUCCCCUCAGUCCCGGAGCCAGCCCUGGGUGGGGGGCACUGUCCUGCUUUCCCUCCCCACCAGACCCAUGGGGCACCCGGUGCUGCUGGGAGUUCCCGGAGCCUCCAGGUUCUUGAGGACUGGGUGACCCUGGGUGCUGGGUGCCCUUGGAUGCUGGUGGUCCCUCGUACACCUCAGAGCUGAGGGGUUGGGGCAGAGGUCCCUUGGGUGCUGGGUGUCUCUGGGAACCCCUUGGAGCUGGGGCGGACUUGGGUGUCCCUAGGGUGAUGGUGGUCCCUGGUACCCCUUGGAGCUGAGGGGGUAGGGAUCCCUUGGAUGUUGGUGGUCCCUGGGUGCCCCUUGGAGCUGAGGGGGAACAAUGGGUGUCCUUUGGGUGCUGAGGGUCCCUGGAUACCCCUUGGAGCUGCGGGGACCUGGGGAUCCCUUGGGUACCUGCGGUCCUGGAAAUCCUUUGGAGCUGAGGGAUGCUGAGGGUCCCUUGGGUGCUGUUCAGGGGGUCUCUGAGUGCCCCUUGGAGCAGAGGGGUCCUGGGUUCUCUUUGGAGCUGGGGGGUGCUGAGUGAUCUCCAGGAACCCUUUGGAGCUGAGCACUGCUGGAGCCUCUGGAUGAUCCUUGGUGGGGGGAAGAGGAUCCCUGGGUACCCAUUGGAGCUGUGGGUACUGGAAGUCCCGUGGAGUGCUGCAGCACGCUGGGGGAUCCCUUGGGUGCUGGGGGGUCCCAAAUACCCUUUGGAGAUGUCCCUUGGGUGCUGACGGGUCCCAGACACCCUUUGGAGAUGUCCCUUGGGUGCUGGGGGUCCCUUGGGAGCUGGGGUGUCCCUGGGUACCCCCUGAAGCUCGGGUUCCCUGUGGGGAAGGGUCUCCCUCAGGGCCACACAUCAUUGGGGAUCCCCAAGGACCGCAUGGCCCUGGGCCCCCUUUGGUAUUAGAGCCCCCCCAGCAUCACCCCUGGGGGGUGUCAGCCCCCCAACACCACCCCAGCUCUUUCCCCAGGACGCUGCCCUCACCCCUACGAUGCCACUGAGCCCCAAAGUGAUGCCACCCCACCCUGUGUCCCUAUCCCACCCUGGAGACCCCCCCAAACUCUCCUGCAGAGGUCACGCCCCCCCCCCCCCCUUUGCAAGGUCACAGCGGGGGUCGGGGGGGGAUAUCAGUAUAUGUAAUAUUUUUUCUUCUUUCUACAUUUUAUUAUUUCAAACCAUGUGAACAAUUCGGUAAAACAUCCUGUGGGAAACACGAGGCCGCAGGCACCAGCUGAGAAGCCCCCCUCUUGCCCCCCCCAAAAAGGCUGGGGAUUGCAAGGGGGGGGAGGCAACACAGUGGGCUUUCCUCGCCUAAAUGCAAGAGCUUGCCCUACAAAACUAGGCUUA